AUGGACGCCGAGCGGUACAGCGACACCAGUUCCAAAUACCCGGUAAUGAUGCCGACUGCUCAAGCCUUCAACGCCCAGAUCUACAGCGACGGCAUUUAUGAAGAAGAUAUACUUGUUGUCUAUGAUACCUACGAAGUUGGAUUAUAUUCUGCGCCGCGCGUCGCAUGGACAUACAUGCAUUUUGGGUAUAGAAACGUUCAUGUUCUAAACAACUUUACUCGAUAUGCGAAUCAGGGCUUUGCUAUUUCGAAUGAUUCACUAGUCCUGUGCUCAAAGCCGGUCCCAUGGCAAACUAUAAUUACUCUUCCGCAGGCCAGGGAUCCGCGGGAGGUGAUAUCAUUUGAGGAGCUACGGGAUCUCGUCUUAAAGAACUCCGCCCAAAGGCAUUGUCAGAUCCUGGAUGCUAGGCCUUUUCACCAGUUUUCUGGUCUCGAUGCUACUGCGUAUGAGUCUUUGCCACCAGGGCAUAUGCCCGACGCGCUGAGCAUUCCUCUGGCUUCUUUGUUAACGGAGGACAAAUCUCUUCGACCUGUGGAUGAGCUCAGGACUAUUUUCUCGAAGGCCGGAGUGGAUGAGGAGAUUCCUGUUGUUUUGACGUGCAACUCUGGUGUCACAGCUUCUGCUUUGGGCUUGGCACUGCGCGAGUGUGGCUACCAAAUGGAUAUGAGGCUUUAUGAUGGUAGUUGGAUGGAGUGGGCUGACAGAGUGAGCGAGAACGGCUUAAUCGUGACUAACUAA